UGCAGCUGAACGAUAUCGUGCAUUCUUGGAUUGGCUCACUUUCUGUAUAUGUUGAACCUGUAAAUUUUUUUUUGGCAUUCAUAAUAUUAUGUUAUAAUAGCAGUUCCAAGAGCAAACAUGGAUGACGUGAGGAUCGAAUGGAUGCGUGACAGAGUCUACACAGCACUGAAUAUUGAAGACAGCGAUGUAUUCGAGGAGCUGCUCAACGACGAAGACGGAGAACACGAGCGAGAGCUUGCAAAAUAUCUGAACGAAACGUGUGCAGACGGGGAGUCAACAGUCCUUUUCUACAAGUGUUUAAAAGAAGAAGAAAUUGAAGUAGAAGUUGAAAUAGAACCUUCUGAGUUAGAAGAUGAACUUCUAGAAGAAGACAAUAAAGCAGAAGGUGAACAGGCAUCAAUUGAAGGUGGAGAAGAACAUCCACCAGAUGCACCAUCAGAGGCUGCUGCUAGUGUAGACCAACCACCCGAGACACCAUCAGAAACACCAGUUGAAGAUGGAGAUAAACCAAAAAAGGGCAAGAAGGGUAAAAAAGGAAAAAAGGGAGCUGCGACUGAAGAUGACAAGGGUUCAGAAACUGCAAGGGACGAGGAGAAAAAAGAAGAGGAAAAUAAACCUGAAGAAGGUGAAGUAGCAGAAGAUGGAGAAGUAUCACAGGCUGGUACUGUAGACAACAUGCCAAGAACAAAAAUCAUAAAGCAAAAGAUUUUGCGAACCAUACUUCACUUUUGCCAUGGUCAUUUACCAGAAGAAGUUGCUGACGAGAAUUGUGUGUACUUCAUUCGUAACACACCUGGGAUGGUAGAAUUACCUAACACUAUCGAGGAAGCCAAUGAAAUGAUGCCGAAGUUUUUUGAGUUUGGUAUUCUCAGUGGGCAUUCUUUGGUAAUGUUGGAGCAGAUUAUCACCCAGGUGUAUAUGCCAUUAUUGUCAUUCAAUAGUCACAAGAAUGGUGGAGACACAUCUCCGUCCCAGCAAAUAUCUGCAACCCCACGGGAAGAAGUGAGUGCACAAGAUGAUAAUUCCUCUGAAACAUCAGAGUUUAAUGUUGCAGAGUCAGCAAAUAAAGCUCUGUUGAGAGACGAAUUUCUCAUAAACAUGCAGAAGUUUGCAUCACACAUUUCCCGCACAUUCCAACAAAUUGAAGGUGAAGUAAGACUGGAUAUUCCAGAACUAAACUUGGAAGGGGAUGUUAAUGAACUUGCAAAGGAUGAUGAUCUGGUUGGGAAAAUUGAAAAUGCUUGUUUAGAGUGGACCAAACAGAUUUUUUCAGCCGUGGAAACUCAGCUCAAGAAAACCCCUCAGGGAAAUGGACCCUUAGCUGAAAUUGACUUCUGGCGUGAGCGUAAUGCUGCAUUGAGUGCAUUGAGUGAGCAGCUGAAAUUACCCACUGUUAAAAAGAUGCUGGACAUCUUAUCUAAGAAAGAAGGUUCAGAUCAAGCCGUCCUACAAAGUUUUGAACUUAAUCGAUCAGAACUGAAUAAAUAUUACACAGAAGCAAAGGAUAAUGUAAGAUUUCUCUCCACAUUAGAGCGACACUUUAAGAACCUCACACACGGUGCUGGUUUUGGCAUUGUGCUGGACACUAUUCCGUCCAUGAUGAAUGCUCUUCGAAUGGUGUGGAUUAUCUCCAGACAUUACAACAGGGAUGAGAGAAUGGUACCUCUCAUGGAAAGAAUUGCAUGGGAAUUAGCUGAGAGAGUUGUCAGAGUCAUCAACAUUAGAACAAUAUUCAAAGAGAGCCCUCAGCAGAUCAAAUCCAAGACAUCAGAAGCUAAGAAGACAUUAGAAUUGUGGAAAGAAUCUUACUUUGAAGUGAGAGCAAAGAUUGAAGCUUCUGGUAGAGACUCCAGAUGGGAAUUUGAUAGAAAGAAAUUAUUUGAAAGAACAGAUUACAUGGCUACUAUCUGUCAAGAUAUUUAUGAUGUAGCUCAGGUAUUGGAGGAGUUUUACAACAUUUUUGGACCUGAACUGAAAUCAGUUACUGGUGAUCCCAAGAAAAUUGAAGAAGUUUUAAAGAGAGUGGAUGGUUUGGUAGUGCCUUUGGAAGAAGUGAACUUUGACCCCUUUGCCUUAAAACACUUUCAUCAGUGGAGGAAUGUAAUGGAUUGGUUUCACAAGGAAGUGGUCAAUAUUGAAAGUGAAGCCAAACAUUUUAUUGAUGAGUCAUUCAAGACACUGAGAUCAGCUGAGGGCGCUUUUGAUAUGUUACUGAAAUUCAAACACAUUAGAUCACGUGAAGCAAUCAACAACCAAAUGAUGAAGAAAUUCAAUGACAUUCUGAACCAGUAUGGCAAGGAGGUGGAUACUGUAAAUGCCUUGUUUAAACAAGGUAUGUCCUCUCCACCACUAUCCAAGAAUCAGCCACCAGUAGCUGGUGCCAUUGCAUGGGAGAGGUCUCUGUUCCAUCGAAUAAAGCAUACUAUUAUCAGAUUUCAAUCAGUUGAAGAAAUGGUAGUGAGUGAACAAGGCAAGCAGGCUCGUGCCAAGUAUCUCAGUGUUGCAAAACAAAUGAAGGAAUAUGAAGAUAGGAAAUAUGAGGAAUGGAGAGAAUAUGUAGAGGGUAUACUUCCUGGUCUCUUGAAGCACAAUCUGUUGACUAAACCUGUUGUAGGUAUCUCUACUAGUCAGGUCCAUGUUACUGAAGUUGUUAAUCCAGAAGAUGGGGACGAAGGUGCAGGCACUGCAUCCCAUCAUUCUCACAUAGCAGAAAACCCUACUGAUCAUGAGCAGCCAGUACACGAAGCUCCACAAGUGAAAUAUGUUGUUGACUUUGCCCCAGAGUUGUCAGAGAUAAUUGUAGAGACCAAAUACAUGGAGCAGCUUGGAUUCUCUGUUCCAGAACUAGCAAGAAAUGUGGCCCUACAGGAAGACAAAUAUAUCAAAUACAAUGAUGGGCUGAAACACAUGUUAAACAAGUAUCAUACUGUUAUUGCUUCUCUCAACCAAGCAGAGACCCAGGUGCUGGAAGAACACACUCGGGAUCUACGUCGCACAAUGAAACCUGGCUAUAAGCGUCUCAAUUGGAACUCUUUGGGUAUCAGUGAUUAUAUUGGCAGAUGUGAACAGGCAUUAGGAAAGUUUGAGUCACUUGUGAAUCAGAUUCAGAAGAAUGCCGCAGACAUUGAUCAGAGAUUAAUAGUGAUGAAUAAUGCUGAUUUAUUCAGAGGACCAUCAGUCAAGUUUACAGAUGUGCUGCCAAGUGCUAAGGAAUUCUUUGAGCAUAUAGAAAAAGAAAGAGCUCACACAUUUGAAUUAUUAGCUAGGAAGUACCGUGCUAUUGGUCCCUUAUUAACUAAAAUGGAAGGUUUAGUGGUUCAUACCAACACUGGCAAAUCACCAAGACUAGCUUCAUAUUAUUCAUACUGGGAGAGAAGAGUCUAUGAAUCACUCACAAAGCUCAUAACUAGAAAUCUUAGUAUCUUUAAUGAUGCCAUAACAUCAGAGAAACCCUUAUUCCAAAUAGAGGCAAUGUUGACAUCACCAGAACUCAUCUUGUCACCGGCAGCUAAUGAAAUAUACAAGUUAUCUAUGCAAUGUGUUAGAGACUGUGUGGAAGGAACUAAGAAUUUUAUCCGAUGGAUGAAUGGUACAUGUAUUGAAACAUUACCACAGAAUGUGGAAGGCGAGGACGAACCUAUUCUCUUCACAUUCUUCAGCGAUAUUUCUGCUGAUCCAUCAAUUGUAGACCUAGUCGUAGGUAUCUCUAGUAACAUACAAAAGACAUUGUCCACUCUCACCAAGUACCUUAACCGAUGGAAGAGAUACAGGCCACUUUGGAAACUAGACAAGACAAUUAUGCUAGAGAAGUUUGCAGUUAAAAAACCAUCAUGUGUGUCUUAUGAUGAGAAACUACAGUUCUACAGUAAUCUUGCCAAAGAGGUUGGUAACCAACAAAUGAUCAAAGAUCAAGAGUGUGUUCGUUUACAUCUAUCACCGUUAGCAAAGACUGUACAGGAACAUGCACAGAAAUGGGUAGAAUCACUGGGACAAUUACUUAAUGAUUCCGCUAAAGAAGAACUAUUCAGUCUUAAAUCUGAAUUAGAGCAAUUAUCACAAGACUUAAAGAAGUCACCCGACACAUUGGAAGAUCUGAAGUUUGUGCUGAGGGUUAUUGCAGAUAUCAAGGACAUGUCACUCAAAGUUGAACUGAGAAUUACUGACAUUAAGGAGCGGUAUAGAACACUGGCCAUGUAUAAUAUAGAAGUGACAGAAGAAGAGAACACACUCACCAACAAUAUUAGACAGAAAUGGGAAGAUCUUUUUAUGGAGUCAAAACAUGUGGAUGCCAGCCUCAUUGUAGUCAAGAAAAAAUUCACAGAGAUCACUCUUGAUCAAAUCAAAGGUUUUGGAACUGAACUGUCUACAUUUCAAGAAAAAUUUAAACUUGAAGGUCCUGGAGCUUGUGGUGCAGACCUGGAUAAAGGACUUGAACUUCUUACUAUUUAUCAGAAGGAGCUUGAUGACUACGAGGCAGAUAGACAGGAACUAGCCAAUGCAGAGAGAUUAUUUGAUCUUCCAAUCACUAUGUAUCCUGACUUGCUAGCCGUUCAGAAAGAAAUGAAAGGACUAGAAUCUAUUUAUAGUAUUUAUAAACAACAAAAGGCUGCCAGAGAGGAAUGGGCCCAGACAUUGUGGGCAAAUCUGAAUGUAAAUCAACUACAAGAUGGUAUCGACGGCUUCAUUAAACAGCUCAAGAAACUGCCAAGAGAAUUUAAAACUACACCAUCUGCACAUUUCUUAGACUCAAAACUAAGAGAAUUCAAAGAUUCACUGCCAUUAUUGCUUGAUCUCAAACAUGAGGCUCUCCGUGAGCGCCAUUGGAAGGACCUGAUGACAAAGACUGGUAAAGACUUUGAUAUGAAUCCAGAAACACUGACAUUAGAGAAAUUAUUUGCUAUGGAAUUACACAACUAUGCUGAGUCCAUUGGUGAGAUUGUCAACAGCGCAUCCAAAGAAUUAAGUAUUGAAAAGGGAAUCAAAGAAGUACAGGACACGUGGGACGGAAUGAAAUUCCAGGUGCAGAAAUACAUGAAAGGAACUCAGGAAAGAGGGUUUAUCCUGGGAUCUGUGGAUGAAGUGUUGCAAAUAUUAGAUGACAAUGCUAUGAAUCUUCAGUCUAUGUCUGCAUCUAGGUUCAUUGGUCCUUUUCUUGCCAAUGUACAAAAUUGGGAAAAAAGUUUGUCCCUUAUUGCUGAAGUUUUGGAGAUCUGGAUGGUAGUACAACGUAAAUGGAUGUAUCUUGAAAGUAUCUUCAUUGGUGGUGAUAUUAGAUCACAGCUGCCUGAAGAAGCAAAGAAAUUUGAUGGUAUUGAUAAAAUGUUCAAAAAGAUUAUGCAAGAUACCCAAAAGAAUCCCAAAAUCAAAGAUUCCUGCCAUGUUGAAAAUCGUCUACAGGACCUUGAGAGUAUUAGUCUAGGAUUAGAGAAAUGUCAGAAAAGUUUGAAUGAUUACUUGGAUUCCAAACGUAAUGCAUUCCCCCGAUUCUUCUUUAUCUCAGAUGAUGAACUGCUGUCUAUUCUAGGUAGCAGUGAUCCAACAUGUGUACAAGAACACAUAAUUAAGAUGUAUGAUAACAUUGCUUCUUUGAGAUUUGAAGAAACCAGUAGUUCUAGUGAGCUGAAUGCUGCCGCUAUGAUUUCUGCAGAGGGUGAAGUGAUGGAAUUCCGACAGAAAAUACCAGCUGAAGGUAGAGUGGAAGACUGGAUGACCAAUGUGCUGCAUGAAAUGAGACGCACAAACAGAUUAAUAACAAAGGAAGCUAUCUUUAAAUAUUGUGCUGAUGGUGUCACAAGAGUGGAAUGGAUGUAUUUAUACCAAGGUAUGGUUGUAUUAGCUGGCAAUCAAGUAUGGUGGACUUGGGAAGUUGAGGAUGUCUUCAUGAAAUUUAAGAAAGGUGACAAAGGUGCAAUGAAGAACUAUGCUAAGAAGAUGCACAAGCAGAUUGACUCACUUGUAGUUCAGGUGCGUUCACCAUUGUCUAAGAAUGAUCGUUCAAAGUUCAAUACAGUACUGAUUAUUGAUGUACAUGCAAGAGAUAUUAUUGAUGGCUUUGUCAGAGACAGUAUUAUGGAUUACCGUGAAUUUGAAUGGGAGAGUCAGCUAAGAUUUUACUGGGACAAGGAACCAGAUGAACUGAAUGUUAGACAGUGCACUGGUACAUUUGGAUAUGGUUAUGAAUACAUGGGUCUUAAUGGUAGACUGGUUAUUACUCCACUCACUGAUAGAAUCUAUCUCACACUCACACAGGCAUUAUCUAUGCAACUUGGUGGGGCUCCAGCUGGACCUGCUGGUACUGGGAAAACUGAAACAACUAAAGAUUUAGCCAAAGCACUGGGUCUUCUAUGUGUGGUGACCAACUGUGGUGAGGGUAUGGAUUACAAAGCGGUUGGUAAGAUCUUUUCAGGUCUCUGUCAGUGUGGUGCCUGGGGUUGUUUUGAUGAGUUCAAUCGUAUCGAUGUCUCUGUACUCUCAGUUAUUUCAUCACAAAUCCAAACCAUCAGGAAUGCACUUAUCCAUCACCUCAAGAAAUUCCAGUUUGAAGGAAGUGAGAUUGCUAUGGAUGAUCGUAUGGGUAUUUUUAUCACCAUGAAUCCUGGUUAUGCUGGUCGUACUGAGUUACCAGAGAGUGUGAAAGCUCUAUUUAGACCUGUUGUAGUAAUUGUACCAGAUUUGCAACAGAUCUGUGAAAUCAUGUUGUUCUCAGAGGGUUUCCUUCUAGCCAAGGUUUUGGCCAAGAAGAUGACAGUACUGUACAAGUUAGCAAAAGAACAACUGUCUAAACAACAUCAUUAUGACUUUGGUCUUCGUGCUUUGAAAUCUGUAUUGGUAAUGGCUGGUGAGCUUAAGAGAAGCUCAGCUGAGUUACCUGAGGAUGUGGUACUUAUGAGAGCACUGAGAGAUAUGAAUCUACCUAAAUUUGUCUAUGAGGAUGUGCCUUUGUUCUUGGGCUUGAUAUCAGAUUUGUUCCCAGGCUUGGAUGUGCCUCGUGUACGGUAUCCUAACUUCAAUGAUGCAGUGGAACAGGGUCUUCUAGAUAACAACUAUGUUAUGCUACCCCAACAGGUUGACAAAGUUGUACAGUUAUAUGAAACAAUGUUGACCAGGCAUACCACUAUGGUUGUUGGGCCAACUGGUGGUGGCAAAUCUGUCGUUAUUAAUGGAUUAUCACAGGCGCAGACAAGACUCGGACUUCUUACUAAAUUGUACAUCUUGAAUCCUAAAGCUAUGUCUGUCAUUGAACUGUAUGGUAUCCUUGAUCCAAUGACUCGUGAUUGGACAGAUGGUCUUCUGUCUAACAUCUUCCGUGACAUCAACAAACCUACAGACAAGAAUGAAAGGAAAUACAUCUUGUUUGAUGGAGAUGUGGAUGCCCUCUGGGUGGAAAACAUGAACUCUGUCAUGGAUGAUAACAAACUGCUGACUUUAGCCAAUGGUGAACGUAUUCGUUUGCAGAAACACUGUGCUAUGCUCUUUGAGGUGGCUGAUUUACAGUAUGCUUCUCCAGCCACAGUGUCACGUUGUGGUAUGGUGUAUGUGGAUCCAAAGAACUUGGGAUACAGGCCAUACUGGCAAAAAUGGAUCAGUGCUAGACAGAGUAAAAAUGAACAACAAGAUCUUGAUAGGUUUUUUGAAAAAUACGUACCAGCCAGUAUUGAUAUGAUAAUUGAAGGUAUUGUGGAUGGAAGACAAGGACAGAGGAUGAAAACUAUUAUUCCACUCACCAAUCUCAAUUUGGUGACUCAGCUUAGUUAUAUGCUUGACUCACUUCUGACUAAGGAAUUUGGAGAAUCAGAUGUAUUGGAGUGUAUCUUCCUACAAGCACUCUACUGGUCACUAGGGGCAUGCUUACUUGAAGAUGGACGCAUCAAAUUUGAUGGUUUCAUCAAGUAUCUGGCAUCCAUGUCAGCAGUCUCGGAUGAUGAAAAAACCCUUGCUGGUCCUGGUGAGCUUCCAAGCUCCCAUGCAACAUUGUACGAGUACUUCUUUGAUCCUGAUGAAUUGAAAUGGAAACCAUGGAGUAUGCUAGUGGCUCAAUAUAUACAUGACCCCGAAAAGAAAUACAAUGAGAUUUUGGUUCCUACCAUUGAUACUACCAGAAACACAUGGUUAUUGGAACAACAGAUUCGUAUCAGAAGACCAGUUUUAUUUAUUGGUGAGACUGGUACUUCUAAAACAGCUACAAUCCAAGACUUCCUGAGGAAGAUUGACCAAGAAUCUCAUCUGAUUCUGAACAUCAACUUCUCUUCCCGUACUACAUCUAUGGAUCUACAACGUAACUUGGAAGCUAAUGUGGAAAAGAGAACCAAAGACACUUAUGGUCCCCCACCAGGAAAGAGACUAUUAGUGUUUAUGGAUGAUAUGAACAUGCCACAAGUUGAUGAGUAUGGUACCCAACAGCCAAUUGCUUUACUAAAGUUACUGUUGGAGAAAGGAGGCAUGUAUGACAGAAGCAAAGACUUGUCAUUCAAAUACAUCAAAGAUAUUGGUUUCUUGGCAUCUAUGGGUAAACCUGGUGGAGGCCGUAAUGAGGUGGAUCCUCGCUUUAUUUCACUCUUCUCCUGCUUCAACAUCACAUUCCCAUCGGAGGAAUCACUGAAACUAAUUUAUGGCUCAAUUUUGAAAGGCCAUACUCAGCCAUUUGAUGAAUGUAUUCAGGAAAUAUCAGAGAAAAUUAUGAUGUCUACCCUUGAGCUCUAUAACCGAAUCAUCAUUGAAUUGCCCCCAACACCUUCCAAGUUCCAUUAUAUCUUCAACCUGCGUGACUUGUCUCGUGUAACUCAAGGCAUGUUGUUAACAACUCCGGACCGAUUUGAAAGUAAACAAUCAUUUGUUAGAGUGUGGCGUAAUGAAUGUAUGAGAGUCUUCUAUGAUAGGUUGAUCAGUGAUAAAGAUAAAAAUGUUGUUGAUGGUUUUAUCAGAUCUAUUGUAGAGGAGAAUUUUAAGGAACACGUAGAGGAAGUUAUGAAAAACCCAGUUUUGUAUGGUGAUUAUCGCAAUGCACUUGAAGAUGGUGAAGCAAGACUCUAUGAAGACAUACAAGAUUAUGAAGCGGCUAAAGCUUUAUUUCAAGAGAUUUUAGAAGAAUACAAUGAUAAUAACACCGCUAUGAAUCUUGUUCUUUUUGAUGAUGCUUUAGAGCAUGUAACAAGAGUACACAGAGUAAUUCGUAUGGAUCAAGGACAUGCUUUGCUAGUUGGUGUUGGUGGCAGUGGUAAACAAAGUUUAACUAAAUUAGCUGCUUUCACUGCUGGCUGUGGAGUCUUUGAAAUUGUUUUGAGUAGAGGUUAUGAUGAGAGCAGUUUCCGUGAAGAUCUGAAGAUCCUCUACAACAAACUGGGUUUAGAAAGAAAGAAAAUGGUGUUCCUUUUCACUGACCAACAUGUUGCCCAAGAAGGUUUUCUGGAGUUGAUUAAUAACAUGUUAACAUCUGGUAUAGUUCCUGCCCUGUUUCCAGAUGAUGAAAAAGAAGCUAUUGUUGGACAGAUUCGUGAUGAAGCUAAGAAAUUUGGUGUGGGUCCAGCUAAGGAAAGUAUUUGGCAAUACUAUGUCAAUAAAUGUGCUAGCAAUCUGCACAUAGUUUUAGCAAUGUCACCGGUUGGUGAUACACUACGUACACGAUGUCGUAACUUCCCUGGCCUUGUGAAUAACUGCAGUAUUGAUUGGUAUAUGGCAUGGCCACAGCAAGCCUUGGAAGCCGUUGCCAGCACUUUCUUAGCCGGAGAUGAUAGUAUCCCAGAUGAACACAAACAAUCUAUUGUAGAUCAUGUGGUAUUUGUGCAUCAAUCUGUGGGAGAGAAAAGUAAACUAUUUUUGCGUAAGCUGCGACGUAACAACUAUGUGACACCCAAGAACUACCUUGAUUUUGUUAGCACUUACCUUGGUCUAUUGGAUGAAAAAGACGAGUAUAUUUUGUCUCAGUGCAAACGUUUGGAGAGUGGUAUGUUGAAACUGGAGGAGGCCAGUGUUCAGUUGAAUGAGCUAAAUGAAAAACUGGCUGUCCAGAAAGUUGCUGUGACUGAAAAAACUGAAGCUUGUGAACAGCUUUUAGAAGAGAUUUCUAGUGGUACUGCUCUGGCAACUGAGAAAAAAGGUAUAGCUGUGGCAAAAAGUAAAGAGAUAGAAGUACAGAGCAAAGUCAUCGCUGUAGAAAAGGUAGAAGCAGAAGACGCAUUGCAGGAAGCUUUACCAGCUCUGGAAGCUGCCCGAAUUGCCUUACAGGACUUAGAUAAAUCUGAUGUAACAGAGAUCAGAUCAUUUGCUAAACCACCAAAACCUGUACAGACAGUCUGUGAGUGUAUUGUUGUCUUGCGUGGCAUUAAAGAAGUCUCCUGGAAGUCAGCAAAAGCAAUGAUGGCAGAGUCAAGCUUCUUGAAAUCUCUGACUGAAAUGGAUGUGGAUAAUAUCACCAGUUCACAGACUCGAACUGUGAAAGGAUUUGUGAAAGAAAUGAACAUUUCUCAGCAAGAAAUGAGAGACGUAAGUAAAGCUGGUUCAGGUCUUCUGAAAUUUGUUACAGCUGUAAUGGGUUACUGUGACGUUGCCCGUGAAGUUAAGCCAAAAAGAGAAAAAGUAGCUCGUCUUGAAAGGUCCUUCCACCAGGCCAAGCGUGACCUAGAGAAAAUCAACAAUGAGGUGGGUAAGCUGGAGUCUGAGUUGAAACGACUUGGAGAGAAAUAUGAAACAGCAAUGAGGGAAAGGCAACAAUUACAAGAAGAGACAGAGAUAAUGGAAAGACGACUUAUUGCAGCUGAUAAACUCAUAUCUGGUCUUAGUUCAGAGAAUGUGAGAUGGACAAAAGAUUUAGAAGACUUGCGACAGCGUCGUAUACGAUUGCUGGGAGACUGUUUGCUGGCAUCAGGCUUCUUAAGUUAUGUAGGAGCAUUCACAUGGGAAUUUCGUAGUGAAUUGAUGCAUGAACUGUGGUUGCAAGAUGUCAAGGCACGUGGUAUUCCAUACAGUGAACCUUACAAAUUAGAAAACCUGUUGACUGAUGAUGUAGAAAUCAGCAGGUGGGGAUCUGAAGGUUUACCUCCUGAUGAACUCUCGGUUCAGAAUGGUAUUUUGACAACAAGAGCCAGUCGAUUUCCCCUCUGUAUUGAUCCACAACAACAGGCAUUGAAUUGGAUCAGAAAGAAAGAAGAAGCCAACAAUUUGAAAACAUGUACAUUCAAUGAUCCUGACUUCCUGAAGCAGCUGGAGAUGGCCAUUAAAUAUGGCUUCCCAUUCCUAUUCAAAGAUGUAGAUGAGUACAUUGACCCUGUUAUUGACAAUGUACUGGAGAAGAAUAUAAAAGGUCAACAAGGUAGACAGUUCAUCAUGCUUGGUGACAAAGAAGUUGACUAUGAUCCCAAUUUCCGCCUCUACUUGAAUACCAAACUUUCUAAUCCUAAGUAUACACCAGCUGUUUUUGGUAAAGCCAUGGUUAUUAAUUAUACAGUCACUUUGAAGGGUUUAGAGGACCAGUUACUUAGUGUCAUUGUUGGUUUUGAGAGAAAAGAGUUAGAAGAACAGAGAGAGCGUUUGAUCCAGGAAACUAGCACCAACAAGAGAUUGUUGAAAGACUUAGAGGACUCUUUAUUGAGGGAGUUGGCCACAUCUACUGGUAACAUGUUGGAUAAUGUUGAACUGAUUCAGACAUUAGAAGAUACAAAGACUAAAGCAACUGAGGUUUCAGACAAGUUGGCACUUGCUGCUAAGACUGCUAUUGAUAUUGACAGACUUCGUGAUGGUUACCGCCCAGCAGCUAAACGUGGAGCCAUCCUGUUCUUUGUGUUGGCUGAAAUGGCACUCAUCAAUUCCAUGUACCAGUAUUCCUUGGCUUCCUACCUUGAUGUCUUCCAGCACUCCCUUCGUAAGAGUCUGCCAGAUUCAAUACUCCUUAAGAGAUUACGCAAUAUCAUGGACACCCUAACUCAUAAUAUAUACAAUUAUGCUUGUACAGGUCUGUUUGAGAAGCAUAAACUGCUGUUCUCAUUCCAAAUGACUGCCAAGCUAGAGCAGGCUGAAGGCAACAUGCCUCAGGAAGAAUUAGACUUCUUUAUCAAGGGUAACAUCUCUCUUGACAAGAGUAAGAAAAGCAAACCGGCUAAGUGGAUUCCUGAUCAAGGAUGGGAAGAUAUUAUGCGACUGAGUGAAGUCAGUGAUGAGGUGUUUGGUAGUCUUCCCAGUGAUAUUGAAAGAGAUGACAGAGAUUGGAAAGCGUGGUUUGACUUGGAUGCACCUGAAUCAGGCAAGAUACCUGGAAAAUAUGAGAACAAUCUUUCAGAAUUUCAGCGGCUGUGCUUACUACGUUGCUUUCGCAUUGACCGUGUCUACAGAUCUGUUACAGACUUUGUCUGUUCACGAAUGGGAGAAAAAUAUGUUACACCACCUGUUAUAAGCUUUGAGGCUAUCUUUGAACAAAGCAACCCUUUCUCACCAAUUGUCUUUAUUCUGAGUCCUGGUUCUGACCCAGCAAGUGAUCUGUCAAAACUGGCUGAGAGGUCUGGGUUUGGAGGCAACCGAUUGAAAUUUCUCUCUAUGGGUCAGGGACAAGAAAAGAUUGCUUUGCAACUUUUGGAGACUGCCAUAGCACGUGGUCAGUGGUUGAUGCUGCAGAAUUGUCAUCUAUUGGUCAAAUGGCUGAAAGAACUGGAAAAAGCCCUAGAGAAACUAGUGAAACCCCAUCCUGAUUUCCGUUUAUGGCUAACAACAGAUCCAACUCCAGACUUUCCAAUUGGUAUUCUACAGAAAUCAUUCAAGGUGGUAACAGAGCCACCUAAUGGUCUCAAAUUGAACUUGCGUAGUACCUACCACAAGAUAUCAGCCCCUGCACUGGAGGAAUGUCCCCACUCUGCUUUCAAGCCACUUGUAUUCACACUUGCCUUCUUCCAUGCUGUGGUACAAGAGAGACGAAAAUACGGAAAAAUAGGAUGGAACAUCCCAUAUGAUUUUAAUGAAUCUGAUUUCUCUGUAUGUAUGAAUAUUAUGAAUACAUAUCUGACGAAAUCAUAUGAAAACAAUGAUCCAAAGGUGCCAUGGAACAGUUUGAAGUACCUUAUUGGUGAGGUGAUGUAUGGUGGACGUGCGAUUGACGUUUUUGAUCGUCGUGUUUUGAAUACAUAUAUGGAUGAAUAUAUGGGUGACUUCAUCUUUGACACUUUCCAACCAUUCCAUUUCUAUGUCAACGAUCAAGUUGAUUACUGCAUUCCUGAACUUGGUCCACGUGAGGUUUAUAUGGACUAUAUUGAAGAGUUACCCUUAGCAAAUACUCCUGAAGUGUUUGGUUUGCAUCCAAAUGCUGAAAUUGGCUACUAUACCCAGGCUGCCAGAGAUAUGUGGGCCCAACUAAUAGAACUACAACCACAAACAGGUGAAUCAAGCAGCGGUAUAAGCCGGGAUGAUUUCAUUGCAAAUAUUGCCACUGAUAUACAAAGCAAGUUACCAGAACAGUUUGAUAUGGACAAGAUACGAAAGAAGUUUGGAUUAGAAAUCACACCAACAACAGUAGUGUUGCUACAAGAACUAGAAAGAUACAAUAAAUUGAUUUACAGAAUAUUUAGGUCACUCACAGAGCUUCAGAGGGCUCUGAAAGGAGAGGUUGGUAUGAGCAAAGAGCUUGAUGAUGUAUCCCGUGCAUUAUUCAAUGGUUUUAUUCCGAGUAUAUGGAGACGACUUGCUCCUGAUACAUUGAAAUCUCUGGGUAACUGGAUGGUUCAUUUCUUGAGGAGAUAUCAGCAGUAUACCACUUGGGUGAAUGAGAGUGAACCAGCUGUCAUGUGGCUGUCAGGUCUGCAUAUCCCAGAAUCUUACUUGACUGCCUUAGUGCAAGCUACUUGUCGUAAGAAUGGAUGGCCACUGGAUCGUUCUACACUCUACACAACUGUUACAUCAUAUCUCAAUCCAGAUGAAGUCAAUGAAAGAGCACAUCAAGGUUGCUUUGUGACUGGUCUGUAUUUGGAAGGAGCUGCUUGGGACAGGGAAGAUUCCUGUUUAAUAAGACAGAAACCAAAGCAGCUGAUUCAGGAGUUACCAAUUCUAAAAGUGAUUCCAAUUGAAGCACACAGAUUGAAAUUACAGAAUACUAUUCGUACCCCUGUGUACACAACAUCACAGAGAAGAAAUGCCAUGGGUGUUGGAUUAGUGUUUGAAGCUGAUCUCUCAACCCAUGAGCAUAUUUCCCACUGGGUUCUCCAGGGAGUUGAUCUUAUCCUCAACACUGAUUAAACUCACAUAACACAUUUUUACAAGUGAAUAAUCUUAUAAAGAUUAUUUCCCAUUUCCCUUCCGUCCUUUGAAACAUUUACCUAUUAACAAAUAAGACUUUUGCAAACAUAUUUAAACCAGAAAAAUAUUUCCUAAACAAGGAAAAUCAAGUACAAUUUUGUUGUGACAUAUUUCUUGAGUGCUGAUGAAAUGUAACUUGCAAGUUUAUUUUAAAUAAUAUUCAUGUUAUGCUACUCUAUUCAUUUUGUGUGAACACUGUCAUCCCUAGAUGAGAUAUUGUAAAAAAAGGCAAUCAUUGACUUGAGAGAGUGCAAAAUGUGCACUUGUUUUCAUAGUUGGAGGCUACAUUAUGUACCUUUUAUUGCUUUACAUCUUUUUUAUGACAAUA